AUGGGGGCAGUAGUCCUUAAAUGUCCAUCAACCCUCCUAUCCCCCCUCACAUCCACAUCCUAUUAUUGUGUGACCAAUACCAUCCAAAUCAUUCUUACUUUCAUUUCCCAAAGUUAUCCGUCUACAAGGAGACCUGUAUAGAUCACAUGAUGGCACCAAUGAGGAUGGAGGAGGACCGGAGUCACAUGACUGAGAAGAUACUAAACCUCACCCUGGAGAUCAUUUGCUGCUGACCCUGAGGAGAUUCUGGGAGGUCUCAUGCAUCACUCUUAUCUGCUAUUAAUAAAUCACAGACCUGACCGUGAUCAUAUGACCAUCACAGUGCCUCCAUGUGACUCCCUAAAACCUGAGAGACACAACAUGCAGCAGAUUCUAGAAGUCACAGAGAAGAUGAUGGAGCUGCUGACAGGAGAGGUGAGCGGUGCCGGGAAUUCUGGGACAUUCUCUAGUAACAGACAAGGGAUGUGUCUGGAUGGAGUGGGAGUAUUUAGAAGGACACAAGGAUCU